AUGCGCGACAUGCCAUCCAAGUUCAUCGAGAUCCUUGAUCCCGCAGAUAACCUGCGCAUGUCUGACUCGGACGUCCGCCUGGAAGAUGUCCUGGCCGAUCACGAGGCCAUCGCCACUCGACCUCGUUCCUCCACGAAGACCAGUGACCGGUCAGACCGCGACAAUUCCUCCUCGCCAUCACAGCGAUGGAAAAGACUGAGCACUAUUCUAACCACGACGCGACGGCCUUCCACAUCGUGA